ACUUCUCGGUGGCGCACGGGAAUGCAAUGUCGUGAGGACUUAGGCUUGAGCGGCAAUUGAUGCACUUGGCCGCUUCAAUGCAGGCGUCCGUGUUUCAUCUCCAGCAUAACGAGCGACCAUCGCAGGGAGCAUUUCUGCUCGUGCGCUGCCAUAGUGUCCCUGACAGACAGAAGGUCUAUUGCUUAGGUGUCACCGAGAAUGUUGCUGUUAAGGACGUUUCAUUACAUGACUUAAAAUCGACAUCAGCACGUGCGGAGCAGGCAGGUUUCACAGCUCCUUCUGUGUCAAAUGUUUAACUUAUAGCUUAGUUACACCCGUGGACGCAAAAGCCUCGACCACAUGACAGCAACGGGAACGUCUCAGCGCCACCACUUCAACGUCACUCCAUCUUCCGAGAAUCAUAUUUUCAAACCACAAGCGAUCAUGAAAUCAAGACAACAACAGGGAUGCGGCGGCUAUUGAAGACUCUGCCCUCAUUGUCAAGCCUCUUACUUCUACGUUCGCAUGGCUCACUGGCGCAGAACUGCUACUACCCAAAUGGAGACCUCGCGCACGGCGAUGCACCUUGCUCCUCGAAUGGCGGAGCCUGCUGUCCCCUAAACUGGGCAUGCGAAAGCAAUGGACUCUGUUACCUCGGGAAUGCCGAUUACUACGGGCGGUACACCUGCACCGACCAGACGUGGCAAGCAAGCAGCUGUCCGGGGUUCUGCACGCAGAACAACACGGCGGGUGGCAACGAGGCUCUUCUCCAGUGCAGUGACGGAAGCUGGUGCUGCGAUGGCAACCGCUCGUUCAAUUGCUGCGAUGUAGCCAACGGUGACAACGCCUCCUUCAGUCUCCCUCGAGGCAGUCAGGUAGCCUUUAUUUCAAGCAUACCUUCGGCGAGCUCGGUGACAUCUUCCAAGUCGUCGAACAGUGCGGCUUCGAGUUCAACAACCAUGAGCACCUCCAAGUCUUUCCCAAGCACUGCUCGGACCACCUCCAGCCUGACGGGCUAUGCCGCGAGGCCAAGUUCGACGACAGCUUCUACAACAGCAAGCUCACCAGCUAGCGUACAGAUUUCGGCAUCCUCUACGCUUAUGUCGUCUACGCAGAGCUCCGCAACCUCAUCCAGCGCUUUGGUGAUAUCGUCACAGUCAGUGGCCACUAAUACGGAUGGCGUAGCAACAACCAUAGUGCUCAUCUCGACCGUCUCGGCGCCGGCUCUACCGUCGACUGCGUCACCGAGCGCGGAAGCUUCGGAUCCGUCGCACUCACGUUUGGACAUGAUUGUGGGCAUCGCAGUCGGCGUCCCAGUCGUGCUCAUAAUCGCCAGCAUGCUAGGCUGUCUGCUCUGGCGGCGCCAGCGCAAAGCCAAAAGGCCAACCCAACAUUCGCAUGAAUCCUCGGAUGGUGACAAGGCCGAGAAGUUCGGCCACCAGGUAGGGUAUGUCCCGCCUGACGGUCGGGCGCCGGAGCUGGACAGCUACCCUGUCGCAACGAACCGGGCGAGCGGUGGUCAGAAGAGUGAGCUAGAUGGGUCGUCGAACCAUAGCCCAACGAUCAGUAUGAUGACGAACCGGAGCAGUGGGUUUGCAGGACCGCCGGGAUAUAGUCCGGUGACGCCACAGCUUGGCUCGGUGGUGGAGCAGCAGGAACCUGCGGAGUUGUGGGGUGGGUAUGUGCCGUACCGACCGGCCGUGGGUGGGACUGGUGGCAUGAAAGACGAGGGAAAGUGAGGAGGCCUGGAUGGUGCGAAUAAUGUGAAGACCACGGUGUACCAUACUACUGCAAGACAUAAGAGCGUAAUAUCGACCAGCAGCGCAGACUUGCAAGCAACGAUUCCGAGCAGCUGGCAUACCACAUGGCUCUGCGAACCGUACCAGAGAAGUAAGGAAACGCCAGUCUCAUGGCUGAUCGCUUCGUGAAUGCCCGGGCACUUCAGGACCUGUCAUUAACGCUGCUCAAGUCCACCUCCUCAUGGAUCAUACUCCGUCAG